AUGGUGAAGAAGAGGAAAGGCAGAAAGCAAAAAAAAAAUAAUUUAUGGGGAACUUCUGAUCAGACGGCUUCACGCUACCUUCAAGCCGCUGAUAACCCCGUUGCCGAAAUGGACAAAAUUGCUGAGCCUGCCCCCGAGCCUAAGCCCGAACCCGUCACUGAGCCAGAGCCUCUUCCAGAACUUGUUCUGGAGGGUAUAUCUGAGCCUGUCACUGUGCCUGAGCCCGAGGCCGUUGCCCAGCUCUGCUCUGAACCCAUCCCAGAGCCUCUCCCAGAACCAGUUCCUGAAAUAACGGAUGAGGCUGCUACAGCAUCUGCUGUCGAGCAAGGUGACGUUGCUGAUGUUCCCGUGACAAGAGAUAACGGAGCUACUGAGCCGGGCUCUUACAGAGCGGAAGAGGCCACUGGGGGGCCAACUACUUCCCGGGCACCUGUCCUUCUGGAAUACACUCAGCCAAAUAUCAGCAGAAAAUGCUACACCAUCACACAGAACCUUGUUAGGAAUGCUACCACUCUGCCGUGCCAUCAGGACGAGGACGGGUCCCCGCUAGUAAGACUCCCUGAUGUGGACGAGGAUAUCGGGCAUACGAUUAUCCAUUACCUUUACACUGGGGAGUAUCAGACUGUGAAGCCACCAUCAACCUACGAAUUGCCGAGCCUAACAGUGGAGUACACUCGGAGCAUAUUUGCAUAUCGUGCUGCUAGGUACAUGCAAAUCUUCGACAAGGACAUUUCUAUCAUGGAAAUUAUAUCUCUCGGAAGGAAGGCCUUCCCCAGAAUAUCAGAAGAGCCAUGGUUUUCCGAGUAUCUCAAAGCCAGAAUCACGGCAAGCUUUGAGGCCGACGAAGGAAUCUUCCAACGGGAACAGUUUUUCGAAGGAUUUGGCGAGAGUCUGGAUUUCAAUAAAUUUUUGGGCAAGGUUAUGGCACAAGUCUACUCCAGUAAGAUCUCUGCCAUUCGGUAUGAGGCAGGAUUGCUGGGCGGUGAUAAUACAAUCACAAUACCAAAUGUCGAUGGAGAGGAGAUUGCCAGCAGCGACUGUGACAUCAGUAUAACUCGAGCAAGCCUCACAGAAGAGGACUCGCAUCCAGAGACUAAGCCCAGCAGUCACAAAGAAUUCUCUCUUCGGACAACUGCUCUUAAUGGUGAGCAUCCUUCCAUCGGGCGAAGCUCGGAUAGGGACUUUGACCAUCGAAGGCGAGAUUAUCUCGACGAAUCAGUCCUGUCAACCAAUGCGGAGUACGAUGAAGCUAGAUCUUCGGACGUCAAAAUUUUGACACCCGAUUCGGGGACAAACAUUCCUGUGGCCUCCCGAAGACCAUCCUACUCAAGAGCUGAGCUUGGUCCUUGUCUUUGUCCACAUUGGGAAGUACAUUCCACCGAUAGGAACUCCUGGAAGGGUUGCGAAAUGUGUAAAAGCUAUCUUCGACGAAUGUUUGCUGCUUUAAUUUUCAGUAACAAAAGCUAG